CUCCAUUGGCAGCGACCGGAGGCCUCCCCGCGGCCAUUGGUGGCCGCCGGGCAGGGUGUGGGCCUUGCUCCGGGAGAGCCGGGGCCACCAUGGCGGGGAGGGGGCCCGGAGACUCUGCAAGAGCAUGCUCUCAAGAUAACACCUGCAGAGGAGAGAGAAACUGUUCCUGCUUUUCGUCUUCUGACUUUUACUCCAGUCUUGGAUUGAAAGGCUUUGACUUUCUAGGUGACACUUCUGGAACAGAGGAGGAUACAGAGUCAACUAUCCUAUAUGGAACUUUGCGAGGAAGCAUUGUUGGAUUACGAUACUACACAGGGAUUGUUAGUAACAAUGAAAUGGUUGCACUUCAGAGGGAGCCCAAUAAUCCUUAUGAUAAAAAUGCAGUGCAAGUAAAUAAUGUGAAUGGAGAUCAGGUAGGCCAUAUCAAAAAAGAACUUGCGCCAGCAUUGGCUGAGAUUAUGGACAACAAACUAGCAGUAGUUGAAGGGGUUGUCCCGUAUGGAGCAAAAAAUUCGUUCACCAUGCCUGUGGAAAUGAGCUUUUGGGGAAGAGAAGAAAAUAAAGAAGCAGUGCUAGAUCAACUAAAAAGGCAUGGAUUUAAGUUGGCUCCUCCUCCAAAAGGUUCAGAAGAUGGUUUUGAAUCAAAGUGGAUUUCUGGGAGAGCUGGUCCAAGCUACAGCGCUCCGGUUCAUGCUGCUGUGCAAUUGACAACUGAACAGCUUAAAGGUGAAUUUGACAAAUUGUUUGAGGACCUAAAGGAAGACGAUAAAACUUGUGAAAUGGAAGCAGCAGAGGCUGUUGGUACACGUUUACUUCCUCAUCAGAAGCAGGCCUUAUGUUGGAUGGUUUCACGUGAAAACAGUAAUGAUUUGCCACCAUUCUGGGAAGAGAGAAGUAACUUCUAUUACAAUACACUGACAAAUUAUGCAGAAAAGAAACGACCUAAAAAUGUUCUUGGAGGAAUACUGGCUGAUGAUAUGGGACUGGGUAAAACACUUACUACUAUUGCAUUGAUUCUCACAAAUUUUCAAGAUGGCAAGCCCCUUCCUGUUGAAAAGAUCGCAAGUGAUAAAUUUUAUGAGGAAUCUGGUACUAACAGCAUGAGCAGCGUUGGACGCAGACUUUGUAAAGACUCUAGCAAUGUGAUGGAGCCUGGUGUUUCUAAUGUAAAAAAGUUUGGAACUACUCCGUUGAAAUACUCGAGUUGUCUUCCUAAAAGAGAUAAAGCUAAGAAACCCAGAUAUUUGGGAAGCAGUGACUUGGAAGAGUCUGAAGAACAGCAAUUGCAACGAACAGAAACAACUUCUUGUGUUAACCAAGAAGAUUCAGGCUUUGCAUCUGUUCUUCUACCUUCAUCUGCUUGUUUAAAAAGACAAAGAAGGAGAAAAGGUACUGCUAGUGUUCAGUCAGUUGAGAAGAAAUAUUCUGAUGAUGGCCCCAGAGCAACACUGAUUGUGUGCCCACUGUCUGUCCUAAGCAACUGGAUUGAUCAGUUUGAACAACAUAUCCACCAAGAUUUUAAUGUAAAGAUUUAUGUUUAUUACGGUUCUGAGCGUAGCAAAGACCCAUCAGUUCUUUCAGAACAAGACGUUGUAUUGACAACAUACAGCAUUUUAGCUACUGACUAUGGGAUCAGAGGUAAUAGCCCUUUACACAAAGUCAAGUGGCUGAGAAUUGUGUUGGAUGAGGGGCAUGCUAUACGAAACCCAAAUGCUCAGCAGACUAAAGCUGCCUUAAAUCUGGAGGGACACAGAAGAUGGGUACUUACAGGCACUCCUAUUCAGAAUUAUGUAAAAGAUUUGUGGUCUCUUAUUUCCUUCUUAAAACUGAAACCUUUUGCUGAUCGAGAGUGGUGGCACAGAACAAUUCAACAUCCAGUCACAAUGGGAGCUCCAGGAGGACUUUGGCGUUUACAGUCUCUGAUUAAGAGUAUUACCCUUAGAAGAUCUAAAACAAGUCAAGUUAAAGGAGCACCGAUUUUGGAUUUACCAGAACGUAAAGUACUUAUUCAGUAUGUUACGCUUACAGAGGAGGAGAGACAAAUCUACCAGUCUGUGAAGAAUGAGGGCAAAGCUACUAUUAGCAGAUUUUUCAAUGAAGGGAAUGUACUAGCUCAUUAUGCUGACAUCCUUGGAGUUCUACUCAGAUUAAGACAGAUUUGUUGUCAUCCUCAUCUUUGUAUAAAUACCUCUUCUAGUUUUUCAAAUGAUAGUAGAACUCCUGAAGAACUGCAUGUGAGAUUAGUGAGUAAAAUGAAGUUGGUUCUGAGCUCUGGUUCAGAUGAAGAAUGCGCAGUUUGCUUGGAAUCAUUGACUCUUCCUGUGAUAACACACUGUGCACAUGUGUUUUGUAAACCAUGUAUUUUUGAAGUCCUCAGAAAUGAACAGCCAAAUGCCAAGUGCCCUCUCUGUAGGAAUGAACUUCAAGUAGAGCACUUGGUGGAAUGUCCUCUAGAAGAAGAAAUAGACUCCAGUAGUGGAAAGAAGCCUGAUCAGGAGUGGAUAUCCAGUUCAAAGAGAAUCAGGGUUUGCCUUUACUCGUUUGGAUGGGUCAAUGGCACAGAAGAAAAGAGUGGAAGCAGUUCGGUGUUUCCAAAGCAACCAAGCAGGGUCUGCAACUAUAAUGCUUUUGUCUCUGAAAGCGGGUGGAGUUGGAUUAAAUCUGACAGCAGCUUCCCGAGUGUUUUUAAUGGAUCCUGUGAGUAAUGGGUUGUUCAUAAUGAUCUGGCUUAAUCUAGGUGAAGCUCCUUUGGUGUUUUCCUAAGAGGUAGAAGGAAAGCCCCUCGAGAAUAAAUUAUACUGAUGAGUAUUCGUUAAAGGGCAAGUAGGACUUUUCUUCAUUUGUUUCCCUGAGAUUUUUUGUUUUAACACUAUAUUUUUGUGUUGUCCAUUUAUUUACUGUGAAUGGAAAGAAGGCUAGUAGGACUACCAAAAGAGUGGUGUGACACCUUACAGUGUAGUAUAUGCUAUCUGUUCCUUCUUUAUUUCUUUCUUAUAUUUUUGAGUGUGGUUUUCUGUACUUCAGUGGUUUUGAAUGUGGUUCAAUAUUUUUUAAAUAUUUUUCAAUAUUUUUGAAUGUGGUUUUCUGUUAACUUCAAAAGCCAUGAAGUGGAAUUUCAGGAAUAUAUAAGUAUAUACUUAAUGCAGUGUUUGUCUGCUCUAGUCUCUUCUGAUGUUAUUGUGAAUUUAUUUAUAAAUAAAGACAUUACUCUGAGGUUACUUUUUGUAGUCUUAGGAGACUAGUAAUAUUUAAACUUCGGAAUUUUUUUCCUUUCAUUAAAGCACUCAGGAACACAAAACUACUUGUAAGGAAUAAAAAUGUAAAUUACAUUUAUUGAUAGCAAAAUGGUAUUCUUAACAAAAUUGGUUCAUGUGUUGUGUUGUUGUACAAAAUCAAAGUUUUUCUGUUCACUUCCUCCACCACUGUUUAUUCCUCUGAUGUCCUAGUUUUUUGGCAGUUGGAAACCGAGACAAAUUCUGCACUUAAAAAACAAAACCAAAGUAAAUGAAAGUAAUGGUGUAUCUUUGGACUUGGGCAUCUGUACCAAUAGUAAACAAAAAGUACUACCUUGGACAUCACUUUAGUGAUAAUAAUAGCAUGAAGACAAAAGCUAUUUAUUUAAUAAACUAAAGGGAUUACAUUUUAGUAAGAGUACGGAGAAGUUUUUUCCUGAAUCGCAGUGCAUCUUUACCCACGUUGUUUCUCUGUGUGUUGCAUUGAUGUGUUCAGCUGGAAGGGACCUACAUGACCACCCCACCAUCUAGUCCAACCACUUCACUUUUUUAACAAUUCUCUGAAUAUUUGUGGAAACAGCAAGAGAAUUUCAAUUUUCUGUGAAGAUAAUAAAUGAGGUAUAAUGCAUUGAGUAUUGCAGCAAGCGGUUGUAAGAAAGAAAGCUGAGCCUUGUUAACGCUGAGUCAUCUACAGUAUAUAGUUAUACCUCACAAACCAGAGCCAAAUAAAAUUGCAGCCUUUAUAGACCAUUGAACAGCAUCUUCUCAUCCUGCUGGUAACCAUCCUGUGAUGGUAACCAUCCCAAGUGGCAGUGGUUGACUACUUGUAUUUGAUGGAGGUGUAGUGGGACCACAUGAUUCUUUAUGACCUCCCUUUUGAAUAGUCAAUGCCAAAUGAGAUCCAGUCACACAUUAGCAUUCCUUGAAGUGCAUUAGUAGCAAUAGUAGGAAUUAAAAAGCAGAAAUACCUUGAGCCAGUAGAGUAACCAGUUUUUCAAAUUCUGUGAAUUUGUUGUAGCACUGUAGCUUAGAGGUCUGCAUUCCUUCUCUGAGAGGUGUAAUAUGACAGUGCAAGGGAGGAAUAUUUAUCCAGCCAUAGAUUACUUUCUCCCUUCCCCCGCUUUUUUUGAAUUAUUUGUUUACUUCUUUAAAUACAAUCAUAGCUGCUGAAUUCUUACCUUUAGGAAGAAAUACAAACCUUUAAUGUAAAAGUAUCAUAAGUAUGCCGAUGUUUCUCUAAGGCUCAAGUUUCUUUGUAUUUUCCCACGUAAAAUACAGUAUCCUUUGUAUGAGAUUGCGGAAAGGGAUAGAGGUAUUGCAAUUCAUUUUUCCUUUGCAGGAUUGAUGAGAGAAGAGUGAAAGUAGCACAUUUUGGUUUUCCUCAACUACAGCAAAGAUAGAAUGGAACAUGCUUCUGCAUGUUUGGACCAGGUGUUUCCUCCAGACAUCAUCUUGUUCAUACAGUUAGAUUAAUAUUACAAUGACUUGCCAUACAUAGCUUGCCAGGAAUGUUCGUCUUGCAUUGACAGACAUAUAAUUUGUUAUACUUUUGAUCACUACCAUAGAUUGGAGAAACAAGACUUGUCUGGCUUUUAUCUUGCAACUUGAUGUCUCUGCUUGUGUGUAGGCAUUGGAGUUUCUUAGAAUCUAAAAUGAGUCAUUCAGAGUUCUUAGGUAACUUGCAGUAUGUGGAUGACAUGGCAAGGUGAGUCCGUUCAAUGAGACUUGCUUAUCAGAGACAGAACAUUAUUACAGUUUAGGUAGAUCUAAUUAUCUACUCUGUGAGAACUAGUUGUACUGUACCUUUAGAUAGAAAAAACAUGCUCGAAAAAUGCACAGACUUGGCAUUUCACAAAUCCUUAGUGUUAAA